AUGAGUUUACAACUCAAUUAUAGUGGCAAUGGCAGUUCGGAGCGGGAGGACGCGGGAGGAACUGAUGAAACAGGUGAACACGACUUUGCGCUUAUAAAAGCUGGGGUUUUGGGAUUGAUUUUUGUCUUAGCCACAUGUGGGAAUUUGUGCCUUCUGCAUGCACUUUGGAGGAAGCGCAAGAUGAAUACAAGGACCCAACUGUUCCUUCUGCACCUGUGUUUUGCGGACCUAGUGGUCGCUUUCUUCCAAGUCCUACCGCAGCUCUGCAUGGAGAUUACGCACCGGUUCCGAGGCUCAGAUUUCGUCUGUAGGUCGGUGAAAUAUCUUCAGGUGGUUGGGAUGUUCGCCUCCACAUACAUGAUAGUGGCCAUGACCAUAGAUCGGUACCAUGCGGUCUGCAAACCCAUGGUGUCGUUCUUGAAGGGUUCUUUUAAGAGGUACGUCGCCAUAGGCGCAGCGUGGCUGAUCUCUCUGGCUUUCAGCACUCCGCAACUCUUCAUCUUCUCUCUCCAAGAACUAGAAGAGAACCUGUAUGAUUGUUGGGCGACAUUUAUCGAACCUUGGGGUUCUAAGAUAUACAUCAGCUGGAUUACUUUAUCAGUGUUUGUUCUCCCGGUUAUCAUCUUGCUGUACUGCCAGAUUAAAAUAUGCACGGGGAUAUACUUUAACAUGAAGAGAAAGGCGCUCCAGGCUUCCACGAGCGACAGGCGCACGGGCACCAAAGGGGUCUCGAGCGCGAUGUUGAAGACGGUCAAAAUGACAUUCGUCAUCAUUAUGGUCUACUCGAUAUGCUGGAGCCCCUUCUUUGUGGUCCAGUUGUGGUCUGCAUGGAGUCCCAGUACAGCGCCCACAAAUGGUCCAUUAUUUGUCAUCAUCAUGCUGCUUGCCAGUCUAAACAGCUGUACCAACCCCUGGAUCUAUCUUUACUACAGUUAGGAGACACUAUGUUGGACUAGCUCUGGCCCAGGGCACUACUUUCAGCUUCACAGAAGGCUCAGCAUCAGCAAGCCACACAUAACACCAUGGACCAGAGCUAUUGAUGGACCAUGUGGGCAAUAUGGAAACUCCUCCCACUCUACUGCUUCACCUUGUACUUUAGACACAUGUAUAUAUUUGUAAAUAUCCUCGUUGAUUCAACAUCAAUAUUGGUAUGUCAAGCCAACCAUUUUAGCUCUCAGCAGUAAGCAAAUGUAAUGUAUAUUCUGUCAAGCUAAUAUUCUAUAAGAGGUGCAGGAACUGGAGCAGUAGAACAUUUGAGGUGGCAGGACUCAGUUCCAGUGAGAUCCUGUCCUAAUCAAUCACUGAUUAUCUGGGAUGAGUUCCUGUCCUAAUCAAUCACUGAUUAUCUGGGAUGAGAUCCUGUCCUAAUCAAUCACUGACUAUCUGGGAUGAAAUCCUGUCCUAAUCAAUCACUGAUUAUCUGGGAUGAGAUCCUGUCCUAAUCAAUCACUGACUAUCUGGGAUGAGCUGCUGUCCUAAUCAAGCACUGAUUAUCUGGGAUGAGAUCCUGUCCUAAUCAAUCACUGAUUAUCUGGGAUGAGAUCCUGUCCUAAUCAAUCACUGAUUAUCUGGGAUGAGAUCCUGUCCUAAUCAAUCACUGAUUAUCUGGGAUGAGCUGCUGUCCUAAUCAAUCACUGAUUAUCUGGGAUGAAUUCCUGUCCUAAUCAAUCACUGAUUGUCUGGGAUGACUGGCCACCAGAAAAACUAUUGUGAGGAAGGAUAUGGGCAUCGGUGAACAACGAAUGGUUGCUUUGUGAGUAUAAUGUAUAUUCUUAUCCCGAUCUGGUCCAUACAUUUAUUGAUGUGUUUGAGCUCUGACAUGUCUUUACAUAGAUAUCUGUAUGUUCUCUGUUUUGUGCAAUGCAACAAUAAAACACGUCUGUACAUGAUUUGAAUAAUUCACUGUGUUUCAUGUUGAACAUUACUCUGCUGUUGUGUUGAUUGCAGCUGCCUUCUCGGCCAG